UUUGGACAGUUUCUACAUUUGACACCCACCGCUUUGGGGUACAACCGAUUCCGCUCCCUGAUGAAAAGGCGGUUGCUGCUGUUCUUCUAACAGCAACUCUUCCUGUUGCUUCAGCAUUUGUUCCAGCUCCUCCUGUACCUCCGGUCAGUGCUCCGGCGCCUAUGCCUCCUGUUCACCCACCACCGCCCAUGGAUGAUGAGCCUGCCUCUAAGAAACUGAAGUCUGAAGACAGCCUCAUGCCGGAAGAGGAGUUCCUGAGGAGGAACAAGGGCCCUGUCACUGUCAAAGUCCAGGUCCCCAACAUGCAGGACAAGACCGAAUGGAAGCUGAAUGGGCAGGUGCUGGUCUUUACGCUCCCUCUUUCUGACCAGGUAAGCAGCCCAGGGUUACCCUGAGCAACACAUGGGGGGGGCAAUUUCUGCAUUCACAGAG